AUGGUGGGAGGGGCCACGGCCACGCAUUUUGCGAAGGGAAAAAACUGGGGUUGGCGGACCGGGGCUGGGCCAUUGUUGGCUCUUCCUUUCGGAACCCGUCCGGCAAGGAGAACCGGGAUGCUUCAAGAUGCCAUCCAGUGGCUCUUGGCGAGAGAUCAAUUGCUGGAUGGACGAGUGCAGCGUCGCGAGCACCUAGGCCGGGGCUUGUUGAGCAUGAGCAAACGCAAGAGGAGAGUCUCCAGAAGAACUGAGCCCAGAGGACGAGCGCAGGAAAGGUGA